AUGUAUUCAAACUUUCCUCUGCUUCUAUCGAAGGAACGCCGUGCAACUGAAGCCCAAAAUCAGCGUGAACGUGAAAUCGCUCGCAAACAGCGUAAUGAAGAAGUGCGCCAACUGGUUGCAUACAUAAAACGGCGUGAUAAGCGUAUCAAGAAGGAGUCUGAACGUCUAGCAGCCGUGGCUAGUGAAGCAGCUGCACGUACUCAUGAGCAAGCCAAACGGGCCAGAGCACGGUAA